UCAGCUCCUGCACUCCUCACACAUAGACCACUCUAUUGACGGCUGCUUUUCUUCGAUUUUGUUCACCACCUCGCAAUGGCAAACAUCACCAAGUUCCAGGAAGCCAUGCUCAUCCUGCUCGCAACCUUUAGAAAAUAUGCAGGGGCUCCGGGAGAUAAAGAUAAAAACACCUUAACCAAAGCUGAGUUCAAGGCUAUGCUGGAUGCGGAGCUGCCUAUUUGUGGCAAGGGGGAAGAAGGAAAAAAUUUUUUCGAUAGAAUGAUGGAGGAUCUGGAUGCGAAUAAAGACCAGAGGAUCGACUUCCAGGAAUAUAUGAUCCUUGUAGCUGGUCUCACCAUGGCCAUGCACGAUAUGACCAACGAAUGAGCAGGUCGACCGCAACGGCAGCAUACAAUCCCUGUAGUAACAGGUUUUGGAGAUUUUUCUAACUGCUGAAUAAAGAAAUGUUUCUACCUGAA